AUGGGCUCCCUUGGUGUCGAUUACACUCGCUAUCAAGACAUCCCCGAAACAAAGGCCGACUUAGCCUGGGCAGACCUCAUCACAAUCGACCUUUCGCGAUACGACGAGCCUGGGGGGAAACGGGCGCUGGCCGCUCAACUAAAGCACGCCAUCUCCACAGUAGGGUUCUUUUACGUGACGAACUUCGGCCUCUCGGAGGAAGAGGUGAACGAACAAUUCGCACUGGCCAAGGCCAUAUUUGACCUCCCAGAUGAAGAGAAGCAGAAGUGUCGAGUUGGCAAGGACGGCCUCGGGUUCUUUGGAUGGAAGCCAAGGGGCAGCAGAAAGCAGCAGCACGGGCUCGUCGACAAUCUCGAGCUCUACGAUGACCCCAAAUGGUGCGACUCCUACAGGGGCCUGCCGCGCCCGGCGCCGCUCGUCAGGGAAGCCUCAAAGGCCGAAAAGUUCCAACGACACAUGGCGUUUUACGUGCUCAGACGCCUCUUGAUCCUGUGCGCAAUCAUAAUGGAACUGGAUGACGAAGAGGCACUGUGGAAGCUGCACAACUAUGAUGCAAGAUCCCAAUGUCACCUCCGCUACAUGCUUUACCAUCCACGGACGAGGGAAGAGCUGGAUAUCAUGAGGAAACACAACGUCGAGCACAACGUCUACGGCCACACGGAUUUCGGUUCCCUCACGCUUUUGAUGCGUCAGCCCGUCGCUGCAUUGCAGGUCCGGCCCUAUGGCGAAACUGAGUGGAAAUGGGUGAAGCCGCUCAAGGGGAGCAUCACCGUGAAUGUCGCAGACACGCUUUCAUUUCUCACGGGAGGGUAUCUGGAGAGCUCAAUACACAGAGUCGUCCUGCCCCCGGAGGACCAGAGAGAUAUUCCACGAUACGGCGUGAUCUAUUUCGCAAACCCCGACGACGACAUCCUACUGGAACCGGUCAAGAGUCCCCUCCUCGAAAGGGAGAAGGUCGAGGGCAAUAACAACAGAGCUAUGCCGCCGAACGGAGUUCGUGCCGCGGAAUGGGUGAAGAUACGGUUUGCGAGCAUCGACGCGAACUACGCAAACAAUAAGGAUAACAAGGUCGUCGUGAAGAAUGUCGAAGUGCCUAGUUACGCAUGA